AUGGUAGCCCUCGCUCUGCCUAGACGUCAGAAGGACUCUGGCUCCGGCGAAAACACCCCCUCGUCCGAGAUGCCGCCUCCUCUGGCUGCAGUCCACGCUGCCACUUUUCACGGCAAGCCUUCUGCCGAUCUUGCUGCUCACGACGCUGCACCCGAGGUGGAGCGCGUCAAACCAAAGCGCUCUUCCAGCUUCGGUCGUGGCCUCGGCCAGCUCGCCUCCAUGACCAGCGGCAAGCCCAAAGGCGUUGACCUCUUAUCCUUCGCACGCACCAAGUCGGGUGCCUCCACCCCUCAAUCGCCCUCUCCGGCUCCUGCGGCCGACAAUGUAGCGGCUGCUGCUUCCAUCCUCGCCAACGGUGGCGGCAACACGCCCUCGCUCAUGGGUCCACCUUCCUCUCCGGACCCGUCCCAUCUCACUCAGUUCUCACUGCAGCUCAGUGAUCUCGUCAACAAGGCCUUUGUCCCCUGUAGCGUUGCAAACACUCCGGCUGCCAACUCAACUUCGGUAGCCUCAAACGUAGCCGCUGCCACCAAAGGACCUUCCGCCCCCAAGAUCAACCAGAUCACCUACGACGGCAAGCAUCUUCCCGACAAGGCCAAGAUCAUCGAGAUUGCACAGACGGUCGUGGGCGAGCUGCGCUACGCCGAAGCCGUUGAUGCUUACCUUCUGCGUGCCGUCUCGCGUCAGAUCCUCAAAGCACUCACUCUCUUUGCCGCUCGCAUCGACUCUCUUCUCGUCUCGCCCACCAAGGACCCUGGUGCGCUCCGAAUCCCUACCAACGCCAAGGAAGGGCUGCUGCUCCCAGCUGCUAUGGAAUUCAACCUCGGCCUGAUUUCGCUGGAGUGGAUCGUCGAGGACAGCUUGGAGCGAUGUCUCGAGGGCGAUCGUGACGGUCAUGGUGAACUCAUCGUCGACGAGAACGGCGCGGUCCACGAUGGCAUGCCUCACUUUGUCUCCGAGAUCCUGACGCCCGUCCGCAAGCGCAUGGAAGGCACCAUCUUGCACAUCAUCCAGCCCAUCCUCGCCCAGACCAAGCAGUCCAUGGCCCGAUGCAUCUCAUCGGCCGUUCCGACGCCCUUUGUCAGCCCCGUCACGCUUUCUCCCGCUACGACCACCGCAUCGGGCAACGGCAUCGGUCCGACCGCUCUUGGCGCUGAGAAUGGCACCGUCUCACCUCCUCUGUCGGCUGCGGCAUCGACCACGGCACUCCACGUCGCCACCCCUGGCAACGUCUCCCCGCCCCUUCGCCUCGGCGAGACGGGUCCAGGGUCUGCUUGGUUGCGCGAGCUCGACGGGCGCCUCGAAGGGGCCCGUAGGCUUCUGCUCCCUCGCAUCGAGGAGCGUUGCGGACAGGACGGCGAGGGCUGGUUCAUCUCCGUCGCCAUCCACAUCAUUUGGAAAGGCCUCAUGAUCCUCACGUCUCGCUCCGUCUCUUUGCCUAGCAACGCUGCUUCCGAGCUGCUUGCAGGAAGCAACGCAGCCAGCGCCUCUGCGUUCGACCGACUCCUCGGCGAAGUCAACCAGAAGCGCAGCCCUUCGCCUGCUCAGCUCGCCACCGCUCUCAAGGCUGUCGGCGUCGGCUCCGUCCGAAGCAAGAGUCGGAGCCAGGAUCCUGCCAGCCACAUUGCCGACUCGGGUCGCCAGAGUCCUUCUCACUGCGCUGCGACAGGCCUCGCUCAGAUCGCCCCCUUCUCGCUCGUCAGCGCCCGUCUCUGCGCACACCAGCUGGCUGAGCUGCAGACCUUUGAGAAGCUCAUGCUCCGCUUCUGUGACGGCUUCCUCCGAACGCAAGUCAAGAAGACGGGCAAGGAGGCCAAACGAUCCCGUUUCGCCCUUUUCUCUUCUGGCGGCGGAAGUCUGGGUGGGGCCAACCAGAUCCCUCUCGAUCUCUCAGCGUACGACCCGGAUGAGGAGGACGAGCUUGCCCGUGCUGCGCUCGCCGAGGCUAUGCAUGCUCUGCGAAGCACCAUCCUCGUGCUUCAGUCGCUCGAGCGUGAGCCUGCUACCAUUUGCGAAGGGCUCAGGCAGCUCAAGAGCCUUCCUGAUGCCGCAGUCGAUCGAGCUGCUGCUGAUGCCUCUGGCACGGCUGCACCUGCUGCUCUUGGCUCGGAAGCAACCAAGGCGCUCGACGCGAUCCCCAACCUGCUGCUCCUGCAGAUCCUGUACAAUCGUCUGCCGUUGGGCGCUGGUCGUCUAGAGCUGCCUUCGCCUCCUGCGCUAUUCGGCUACACCUGGACCGACUACGAGAAGGCCAUCGCUGGCUUUGCAGGCGGCGAGCAGUGGGCUCAAGCUGUUGCUCAGCGGUACAAGCCCGAGAUCGAAAAGGCCUGGAGGUCCAUUGCCAUUCGAAAGGACGAAAGGAUCGCCGCGUUGGAGCAGAAGGUGGCUGCUGGCGGCAACGGCGUUCGUUCUUCGCGCUCUGUGUCGGGUGCUUCGUCUCGCGGCAAGUCGGCCCUUGCACGAGGCGGCUCGCUUCACUCGGAGGAAGAGGACGAGGAUGAUGAUGCAGAUGGUGACAUGCCCGAUGCUAUGUCGCAGUCUGUGCCCGAGCUCAAGAAGCCUGACAACGCGAAUGUGGUUGCCAAGGGCAGGAACAGCGAUGAGCAGCUGAGCAGCGUUGAUGCUGCUGGCACCGGUACCACCCGUGGCCGUCUGUCGCCUGUUCGAGCCCCGCGCCGCAGCUCGACCCUCGCCCAUCCAGCUAUGGCUGAAGCGACUGCUGCUGCUGCUGCUGCCUCGGGCGCUCCUGCGACAACCAACGCUGCUGCUGUUCCUGCACCCAAGUUCUGGCGCAGGAGCACCUCGAACGGACGCAGCGGCUUCCACCUCUCCUUCUCCGGUCUUCGCGCCCACUCCCCUCGCACCGAAUUUCCCUUUACACCACCUGUCAACGCUCCCACCACCGACCCGCUCCUCGGCUCCACCACGCCCCUCACCGCCUCGCCCACUCACGCUGCCGCCACGCUCAUCGCCAGCCCCGCUGCUGCGACGGAAACCCCCUCCUCCCCGCCUCGCGCCCUGGCCCCCACCAGCGACUCCGAAACCAUGGAAGCAGAAAAGCUGCUGCUCGAAACAAAACUCGAACAGCGCUCCCUCAACGUCUUUGCCACCGCCCUCAUGUACGCCGGUCGCGGAUCGAUCCACAUCGAACUGCGCUAG